AUGGGUGUUCCGGGAUUUAUCUAUUGGUUAGAAACCAACAUUUUGAGAGGACUCAAACGACAACAACACAAACAACAAUUACAACAUGAUGAUCGUGAGCCUCACGAAGAUAUUGAAACCAUUCAAUUUCCAAUUCCGAACAAGGAACCAAACGUUGAAAAAAUUAUUAAACGACAAGUGGAUAACUUUUAUAUAGAUCUUAAUGGUUUAAUUCAUCCAUGUUGUCAUCCACAAGUUGGUAAAAAGCCUCAAAAUGAAGAUGAAAUGUUGCAACGAAUUGUUGAUGAGUUACUUUUCCUUGCAAGAACAGUAUCACCUAAGAAUUUGUUUUUUAUUGCCGUAGAUGGUGUUGCACCUGCAGCAAAACAAGAACAACAACGCCAUCGUCGAUUUGUGGCUGUCAAUGAUCAUGAAAUUCGAUCAAAUUAUAUUGGUCAAAUCCAAGAACAAAAGAAUGAAGAUGUAUCCAUGCAAGAGAAAAAGGAGUCAAACAAUGAUGAACAACCAUCAGCUCCACAAGGAUUCUUGGCUCGAUUGGAAGCAAAGAAAACUCAUUGGGAUCACAAUGUCAUUUCUCCAGGAACACCCUUCAUGGUUCGAUGUAUGGAAACAGUACAUCGAGCAGCUGAUUUGAUCGUUCAAGAAUUUCCCAAUGUUAAAGUUAUCGUGAGUGACAGCAGCGUUCCAGGAGAAGGUGAACACAAAAUUUUGAGCUAUAUGAAAAAAGAAAAAGCAAUCAAUCCAAAAUCUUUCUCACACAUGGUACAUGUAGUGCAUGGUUUAGACGCCGAUUUAAUCAUGCUUACGUCUUUGAUUGGUUUACCACAUAUUUAUAGUUACAGAGACAAGGAAAAUAUAAGAGACAAGAGAAGAGAAAAGGAAAUAUUUGAUAUUUCUGCAUUGGGAAGGUUAUUUGCUCGAAUUGUUGUUUCAUCAAUUAUCACUCUUGACAAAACACGAAAAGCUAGAGAAGUUGCAUGGAGUAAUGAGAAUCUAGUAUCAGAUGUCGUCUUACUAUUAAUGGCUGUUGGAAAUGACUUUUUACCAAACAUUCCUUCUCUAGUCAUGCAUAAUCAUGCCGCCUCAAUCAUUAUGUUUGCAUACUCUAAAUAUUUAAUUCAAUGUCUUGCUACCACGAAAGGAAAGGGAUCUAGUAUUGACCCUUCUGCAUAUUAUUUAGUUGAUCACAAGCAAGGAGUGAAGGUCAAUAUUCGAAAUUUUGUCAAGGCACUUGCCUCAAUUCGAGAUGAAUCUGUUUUUGGAUUAUUUGUUAAAAUGUACAGCAGUAAUUUAAGAAAGGCAACUGAAAAACAAGCCGAAGACGUUUUUCAACAUGAAGAUAUCAUUGAUGGUAUCAAUCAAAUUGUUGGAAGUAGAGGACAUAUACAAGACGCUAAAUUUGACAAGGUGUGGAAAGAAGUUUCAAAGAAUUCAAUCUCUCAUGAUUCGUAUGAAACUGUUUACAAAAUUUUGAAAGACUUUUACAUGAGCAUUGAUAAAAAGAAUUCAUCCAUCAAUCAAAGCUACGACGAAGCAUCCAUUUUGAAUCGAUGCUUAAGCAAUGCCAAUUUUGUGCUUGAUGAAAUUCCUACUAGCUUGAUUUUAAAGUACAAGAAAGAAAUCCAUAAGGAAUAUUAUGAAAAGAAGUUUGGGACAGCUCACCAGAAUUUAGAAAGAAAUUUUCUGAAAGAUCUUCAAGAUGAAGAAUUAAUUAAGGAAAUUACUACAUUCGAGAAGGGUGCACCACUGACACCUUACGAACAAUUACUAUGCAUUCUACCAAAAGAAAGUAUGGGCAAUUGUUUACCACAGACUUAUUUGGAUAUAUUGAAUGAUGAGCGAUUGGAUGCCUUUUUCCCUUCCUCAUUCAAGAGAGAUGGUAAUUUUUCUGGAAUUAUCUACAAGGCAGUUUCUCUUCUUCCCUCUAUUGACAUGUCACUGGUGAAGAGUAUUUCAAAAGAGAUUGAUCCAUUAUUAUCACCAGAAGAAAAACAAAAGAAUUCGAUUGGACAUGAUGUCAUUUAUGUAGCCACCGAUUCAGAUGUGAAUCAAGAAUUACGGCAACAGUUAAGUAUUGCUGAGAAGAGUGACGAACCCAUCUCACUCUCCUUCAAUCAAAACAGCAUCCUCUCUGGCAUGUUCCAAAAGAUUGACAAUAGCAAAACCAAGUUAAUAUUCAACACCAUCGAUCCAUCCAUCACACCAUCCAAUGUCUUACAUGCCAAUGUUGCUUCAUAUCUGUAUCAACCAAGUCGUGUGAGUGUGGAUAUGGCUUAUAAAGCACAUGAAAGCACACCUGUUCCAAGAGGUCGUAUCAAUGUCUUGCUUACAAGACAAUUAGCCAAAUUCAGUCAAGUAGGAACCUUUGUAAGAGAAUCUGAGAGUGAUGAUUUGAAAAUACUCUCCGAUCGAAGUGGAUCGAAUGCUUCUCACAAGAGAAAGUACAAUAAGGAUAGAAAUGCAGAUGGUCCUCGAAGAAAGAUGGUGAAAACACAAAAUAGUUCCACUGCUGCUGCAACACCACAAAAAGGAAACCAAUCAUCCACAACACCACAAAAAGAUGAUGAAAUGGAAGAACGAAAACCUAUCAAGGCAAAGAGAAAAAAGAAUUUAAAGAAGUCGACAGCAGCAUCAUUGGUCACCAUACAAGAUGGACAAGAAAGAACAAGCGUUGAGGAAGAAUCUGAGAAAAAGUCCAUAAAGACCACAAAACAGCCAAAACAACCAACACAACCAACAAUUUCCAAAGCUGAGAAGAGAAAGAAGAAACGACAACGACAACAAGCAAAUAAGAAACUAAAGAAAGAAGCUGCUACAAAUGGUGUCUCGUCAUCUUCAUCAGAUGGUGUGAAUGGUGCAGCUGUAGAAUCAACAAGUAACAUUACUGAGGCAUCAAGUAACACAAAGGAGACUACAACAACACUACCUCAAGUAGCUCGUGACAAACAAAAGUUGAAGGAAAAUACCAAAGACAAGUUGAUGGCACUCAUGAACAAGUUAAAGAAAUAA